AUGUCAGAGCCUAAAUCUACACAGAAUACGAUUUUCAUUCCGCCAAAUCUUUAUUAUGAAGAUCGAGCCCAUACUUCGUUAGCUACUGAGUUGAACAUUCUCUCUAAAGCAUCUGAUCAAAGGGUAGCAGAAAAAGCAUUGUCAUUACAUAAAACAUUAAAGUGUAAGAAAUUGUCAGAAAUCAAUGAUAUUAUCUGGGACCGGAGCGAAGAAAUUGCGGAUUCAAAAGUUCGUUUAACGCUAAGUGAACUGCUAGCCAAGGUGAUUCAAAACGAAGAUGACGAGGAAUUUCUUAAAAAUGUUGGACUUCUAUUUAAUGAGUCAAAUGAGGAGUCAAUUAUCGAAAAA